GAAUUGCUCCGGGAAAUGCCAAUGACAUCGCCUUGCACCGUGUCUCUGCUUUGGAGUGGUGAUGGCGGCUCGGAUCAGCCGGACCUGAGCUUCCGCAUCUGGCUGAAUGGCAGGGAGUUGAACUGCAGCAACAGGAAGGUGGACCUUGGCACGAACGCCUUGCAAGUGCAAGAGGAUGCAGCAGAGAACAUCUCGCUGAACCAAGUUGGCAUGUACGAUGUGAAGGUGGAGAGCUUCAGCCGCAACAUCGCUGACGUCCCAUUCAAGGUCGUUGUGCGAAGGUCCGGGCAGGAGGCUGAAAUCUAC